AAUCGCCUGCUCGGGCUGCUUUGCUGGGAUCUGGCGCCAAAUCCGGGUGUCGAAGGAAAGGGGGGUGUUCGUGCAUUCAGACGAUACUCCGCCCUCCAAAAUCCCUGAUGCGCUUCUCGACCCUUCUGCUCUCCGCCUGGGCGCUGAUCCGGAACACCUGCGCGGUUGAGAAGGAUGACAAUCUGGUGCAUGUACCCGGUGGGAAAGUGCAAAUCCAGACCGAUUCCUUUGAUGGCCAAAAUGAAGACGGGGCCCCCAGGAAAGUUGAACCAUUUCUGAUGGACAAGUAUCCAGUCACCAACAGAGACUUCCGGGAGUUUGUACGAGAACGGAAAUACAAAACGGAAGCGGAGGAAUUUGGAUGGAGCUUCGUCUUUGAGGAUUUCGUAUCGGAAGAGCUCAAGAAGAAAGUGACGCAGAAACUGGAGUCGGCGCCAUGGUGGCUUCCGAUUGAGAAAGCGUUUUGGAGACAGCCCUCGGGUCCCGGAUCCGGCAUCAAGGACCGACUGGACCACCCGGUGCUGCACGUGAGCUGGAACGACGCCGGAGCCUUUUGCGCAUGGAAAGGGAAACGGCUCCCGACGGAGGAGGAGUGGGACCUCGCCGCCAGGGGAGGCCUGGAGAACAGGUCGUACCCUUGGGGAAACAAAUUCCUGGCUCAUCGCACCAACCUCUGGCAGGGCCACUUCCCCGACGUCGACACGGCUGAAGACGGCUACCACGGAGUUUCCCCGGUGGCCGCAUUCCCUCCUCAGAACAACUAUGGUUUCUACGACUUGCUAGGAAAUACUUGGGAAUGGACAUCCUCUCAGUAUCAUCCGGAUGGGGCUGCGGGCCACCGGGCCGCCCAGGAGAUGCGCGUCCUGCGGGGGGGAUCUUGGAUCGACACGGCAGACGGCUCAGCCAAUCACAAGGCCCAGCUGACGACAAGGAUGGGGAACACACCAGAUUCUGCCUCUGACAACCUGAGCUUCCGUUGUGCCGCCGACCUCGGCAAGCGGCCAGCUCCGGAAACCGUGAGCAAGAAAACCGAACUUUGAAGAAGCCAAAAUUCCUCUUCCAUGGGACACGAGUCUUUUCUCCUGUGGAGACCCGGCUAUUCCGCGCUCCAGUGGGGAGGAAGAUCACGUCUGGAUGACGCAAUAGCCAACCGUGUGUUAAUAGUCAACCGUGGAGUGGUCUGUUAACACAGGGUUGAUUACUGUGUCAUCCAAACAUGAAAAGGCGAUUGAGCAAGGGCUGCAUCAUCAUUGCUGGGGAUUUGAGCCAAAGAACAUUGCAGAAUAAAUUGAAAGCGUCCAUUGCUUGCAACGUGGACGCACAGAUGACCUUCAUUA